AUGAUGAUGACGAUGAUCACAGCGCCACCGACCUCAACAGUUCCUCCGGCGAUUCCGUCGUCCUCGAUGUUGAUAUCUCCACCGAGAAUGCCGCUUCCUCCGUCUCUGAUUCACCUGAAUGUUACAGGAGAAGCAUCAAGUCCUGGGAAAUUGAGGUCACGUUCCAGUCUUCGUCAGAAAGCUAAAGCAUUCAAAGAUAAUCACAGGUUAGGGAUGGUGGUUGCCAAGCUUUUUGAUGAAAAGAUUCCUCUCAAGAAGAAGCUGAAAUUGGUUAAUCGGCUUGCGAGCGUUAAAGAGGAUGGAACCGUUCAGUUUGAUGUUCCUGGGGAUAUAAAACCCCAGAGCCUUGAUUUUGGAACUGGGGUUGUCUAUCAUGAAGCUGCUGGUGAAGAAUGUGCUGACAUGGCCGCCGUUAAAGAAAUUCCUCCCCUACAAAUAGUAAUGCUCAUAGUUGGAACCCGAGGAGAUGUGCAGCCAUUUGUUGCAAUUGCAAAGCGUUUGCAGGAAGACGGCCACAGGGUAAGACUGGCGACCCAUGCCAAUUUUAAAGACUUCGUAUUGACUGCUGGUCUUGAGUUUUUCCCUCUAGGCGGAGAUCCAAAGGUCCUUGCCGGUUAUAUGGUUAAGAAUAAAGGUUUUUUCCCAUCCGGACCUUCAGAAAUUCCUGUCCAGAGGCAGCAAAUGAGAGAAAUUAUAUUUUCUUUACUUCCUGCAUGCACAGACCCUGAUCCCGAAACAAAUAUUCCAUUCAGAGCAGAAGCAAUCAUCGCCAACCCCCCAGCAUAUGGUCAUACGCACAUAGCGGAGGCACUAAAGGUACCACUACAUGUGAUCUUCACAAUGCCUUGGACGCCUACUAGUGAAUUCCCACAUCCUAUGUCCCGUGUUAAACAACCAGUGGCAAAUAAAUUGUCUUAUCAAAUUGUCGAUGCGUUCAUUUGGCUGGGAAUACGAGAUUUGAUUAAUGAGUUUAGGAAGAAGCAGCUAAAGCUUAGAAGAGUCACAUACUUAAGUGGCAACUAUAGCUCACCUCCUGAAUUGCCUUAUGGGUAUAUAUGGAGUCCUCACCUUCUCCCCAAACCAAAAGAUUGGGGUCCCAAGAUCGAUGUUGUUGGCUUCUGCUUCCUUGACCUUGCAUCGGGUUAUGUACCUCCGGAUGAUCUUGUACAGUGGCUAGAAGGUGGUGAUCCACCUGUCUAUGUUGGGUUUGGUAGCCUGCCUGUUCAAGAACCAGAGAAGAUGACACAGAUGAUUGUCCAGGCUUUAGAACUGACUGGUCAAAGAGGCAUCAUUAACAAGGGCUGGGGAGGGCUGGGGAAUUUGGCACAACCAAAGGACUCGAUUUACUUACUGGACAAUUGCCCUCAUGACUGGCUGUUCUUAAGAUGCAAGGCUGUGGUGCAUCAUGGAGGUGCUGGAACAACUGCUGCUGGUCUUAAAGCUGCGUGUCCUACAACCAUUGUGCCUUUCUUUGGCGACCAACCCUUCUGGGGUGAUCGGGUCCAUGCUAGAGGAGUAGGCCCUGCACCGAUUCCAGUUGAUGAGUUUACGACUGAAAAGUUGGUUGACGCUAUCAAAUUCAUGCUAGAUCCUAAUGUGAAACAGCAGGCAGUUGAAAUUGCAAAGGCCAUGGAGAAUGAAGACGGGGUGACAGGUGCUGUGAAAGCCUUCUACAAGCAUUUCCCUGGAAAGAAGACCGAGGACGACGAAGAUGACCACAUAGGACACGGGCAUGGACUUGGUCAUCCUCAUUCGAAGCUUUCCAUCCGCGGGUGUUUCGGCAUUCACUGA